AUGCUUUCUAUUAAAUUUCAAGUUUAUCAUGGUGGUGAUAUAUAUGAGAUGAUUUUAACAACAAAUUCUCCUGAUCCAACUGUUGAAGAUCUUCAACGACAAAUAGAAAAACAAUUUAUUAUUCCAAUAAAAAAUCAACGUAUUAUAUUUAAGGGACAAGAUUUACAUGAAAAUCAACAAGAAAAAUUAAGACGAUAUGGUAUAACGAAUGCUUGUGCGAUUCGUGUUAUUGGUCGUAAAGAAUUAUAA